CCGACCUUGACUAUAGCCUUGCCUGCGUUGUCGUGUUCAUACCCUUAGGGUCUCGUUCUUAUUAUCUCUGCAGCGCUGGCUGGCUCUUACCGUUGGCGAGGACAAUGACGCUUCGCUUCCCUCAUGUCCUCCUCGGGGUAGCCCUCGUCUGCUGGUCGUCUGUUCCCCUCACGAACGCUGCUUUUACGUUCUCCUUCUCCUCGCCAACGGAGUGUGACGACCUCACGCUGACCUGGUCCGGCGGUGAAAGCCCCUUUUCGCUUCUUCUCAUUCCAGUGUUUGGCACACCGCGCAACAUAACCAUACCCGAUUCAGCUUUCUCCAAUGGAGCAGGCUUGUUCAAGACCCAGCUGAACUUUGCCGCCAAAGAACAGCUUCUAUUAGCCAUGUCGGACUCGCAGGGCUUCGGGACAGGGGGAACGACAGACGUAUUGACCGUCGGGUCCUCUGUCGGGGGUUCAAGUUGCAACACUACCGAUCCCGGAGUUGAUUUCACCUUUGAGCUGAACGAUGCGCUACAACAGUGUCGGACCUUCUCAUUCAGUAAUUAUAACUCGGCUACGCAACCAGUUCAUAUUCUGGGAAUUGUACCGGGCGGCGGCCACAUCGAGCUAAAUCCUCCGACAGGACCAACCUCGUUUGAUUGGACAGUAGAUGUUGCUGGUGGUCAGUCAAUGGUAUUCCUCAUGUACGAUAGCAAAGGUCGCCAGGGCGGGAGUUCCGACGUUCGUCUCGUCAGCGUAAGCAGCGACUCGAGAUGUCUGGACAAUUCAGCACCUUCUUCAACUGCGAAUCCGCCGGCAGCCAGUACAAGCUCUUCCACCUCCGCAACGGACCCGGCAAGCAGCAGCACGACGUCGACCGCUCCAUCCGCAAGCGAGACGGGUCAUACAAGCAGUGCUGGAGUAGGCCCCAUUGUAGGCACUGUCAUCGGCGCCGUGAUCGCUAUUGCGGCUGUCAUCACGUUGGGCAUGUUCUUCAUACGGCGACGGCGUAGCAAUCGCGCAUGGAACCAUCCUCGUCGUAACGCAUCGGUCGAUUUGCUUGGCAAGCCCGGAGGACCCAGCGGCCCUGUUUCCCACGUAUACGCAUAUCCCCAUCCUACCACCGCUCCUUACGCAUCGCAAACCCUCACCUCUCAUGAGUCGCUCGCCGUGACACCUAGUCGGUCGCAGCACGACAUACCAACGGGCUCCACUCCCUUCCUUACCUCUCACAAUCAAUACGAGCCUGAUCCUUUCGUCUUACCACCUCUCGCCUCGCCUACAGUCAGCUCGCUCACGGAGCGUGACACUCGUUCGCGACCCACUUCAACGAUCCAGUCCCAAACGUCCUCAGCACGACGAAAAGCGUCGCUCGCCGGGGUGCACAGCUACAAUCAGCCUGCGCGGUUCAUUCUCCACACGGACCUUGAAGAAGUCGAACCUGACGAGAACGGAGUCGUGGAAUUGCCCCCGCAAUAUACGCCGCACCGUGCCCCUAUACCUGCGGAACGUAUAGCUUCAGUGCAGCCGCAUUUACCAGGCGUUCCCGAGGGGCAAGCCAGUAACCAGACACCGCCCACGCUUCCUUCCCAUCGCGCAAUAUCUCCGUUCUCGGAUGAAGCUGCCGUCCGACAUGAUCUGGAAUCGUUAUAACGCUCCUUAUCCGCUGCACAUUCGUUUUGCUUGACUGCCGCGCGGCCCUAUCGCGCGUUUUUGCUUGUUGCCUAUCUCUGCUUGUAUCUGCAGGAACAUAAAAUGAAUUGCUUUCCUCUUUUUAU